AUGAUAGAAGAUGAAAAAGCAGAACUAAACCACGCGGAUGGUGAAAUUGACAAUGAUGGUUCUAUACUUCAUGAUCGGAGUCUAAAUUCUCGUGAAGAAUUCGAGAUGACAUAUCUAAAGUUAAAGGCGUUUCUACAAUCAGAAUUGCGUAAAAACACAUGUCUCUCAGAUCAGAUAAAUGUUAACCAUGUUGAGCGAUUACCAACAGCCCCGCCAUCUCAAUUAAGAGUGAAACUACCGGAAAUUAAACUCCAUUUUUUUUAUGGAUCCAUCAAAGAAUGGCCUACUUUCCGUGACUCCUUCAAAUCAGUAAUUGAUUCCGCUCAACAGCUCAGUAAUGUAGAUAAAUUUUCGUAUUUGAUUUCGUCAUUGUUCAAGGAAGCAAAACGCGUAGUUGAGGCGAUUGAUGUAACUUCCGAAAAUUAUUUCGUGGCAUGGGAGAUGCUGCAAAGACGUUACGAAAACAAAUAUUUAAUUGUUAAAUCGUACGUAGAUUCACUGUUUGCGGUAGAGCCGAUGAAGAAAGAGUGUCACGAGUCAUUGAAUCGCCUGGUUGAUGAAUUUGACAGAAAUUUAAUGAUGUUAGAAAAGGUUGGUGAAGAAACGGAGAGUUGGAGUACAUUGGUCAUGUUUAUGUUGAGUUCUCGUCUCGAUCCUUCAACAAUUCGUCAUUGGGAAACUUAUCGCAAAUCAACAAACGUUCCCACGUACGAUGAACUGGCAGAAUUUUUACGGGGCCACAGCCGUAUCCUUCAGUCCGUAGCAACCACUAAAAUUCGUUCGGUUGAUGCUCAUCGGUCGACUACUUCGACUACUCGUAAUACAUUUCAUAGGUUAAACUCAACUCUAUCUGCAAUCUCGCCUCCUCAGAAAUCCUGUCCGUUCUGCAAACUUACCGUUCAUUCACCGUUUAACUGUGAAAUGUUUCGAAAAUUGACCGCAACCCAGCGUUUUGAUGCUGCUAAAAAGAAUGCACUGUGUAUAAAUUGCCUUUCGCCAACGCAUGUAGUGAAGAAUUGUUCAAGUGGAACUUGUCGAGUGUGUAACCAGAAACACCAUACUAUGCUACAUCAACGAACCAACAUGUCGAAUAGUCAAUCGAACCAAUCUUCAGUUAACAAACCUCUUGCGGUAUGUUCACAACCUUCAUCCUCUUCUACAGCUUCCAUGAAGCUAUCACCUGCUUCUCAAACACGCAGUCCAGUACAGUCUGCUGAGAACCAAGCCCCCACAGUCUCCGCUCUAUCUACCAACUACCUAUCGUUGCCUUCUGAAAUCGAACGUGGAAAGGUUCCUUCGACAGUGUUACUUUCAACGGCUCUUGUAAAGGUGUUUAAUUCUUGUGGAAGUUUUCUAUGGGCUCGCGCUCUUCUUGAUUCUGGAUCUCAAUUGAAUUUCGUAUCGGAGCAACUUAUUCAGAAACUUGAACUGAAACGUGUAAGAGAGUUUGUUCCAAUCAGCGGCAUUGGACACUGCUCUACGGCGUCGAAAUAUUCAACCACCGUUCGCCUUCAGUCACAUAGUACUGAUUUUGAAGCAUGCUGGAAAUUCCACGUUCUUUCCAGGAUUACAACGGAGCUACCUUCUCAAACAGUUGAUGGAGUUCAAAUUGAGUGGCCUUCAGAAAUCGUACUGGCCGAUCCUUCAUUCAAUCAGCGUUGUCCUAUUGACCUGAUAUUCGGAGUGGAGAGCUUUUAUGAUAUUUUGCGGGAAGGGCAAAUAAAAACCUACCCGAAUAAACCAGUGUUGCAGAACACCGCUCUAGGAUGGGUGGUAUCGGGAAGGGCUUGCCUAGCUGCUUCAUCAUCGACUAUUAACCUUGCGCAUAUUUGUGCAACCUCGUCCAUAGAAGAACAAUUAUCUCGUUUUUGGGAGAUUGAAUCUUGCCAAAUAAAGAGCAAUCUAUCAGUAGAGGAGUCCGCGUGUGAGGAACAUUUCGCUAAAACCACUACACGGGAUCCUUCCGGCCGAUUCGUCGUAGCAUUGCCAAAGCGAAACUCGAUGAUUUCAAGAUUAGGAAACUCCAAGGAAAUUGCUACUCAUCGUUUUCUCUCUCUCGAACGACGUCUCAACUCAAACUCCCAUCUAAAAGAAGCCUAUUCAGCCUUCAUCAACGAGUACGCCUAUCUUGGACACAUGAAACUGAUUGAUGACUCUGCUGAAGCUGAAUUGAAUUACCCAACCUAUUAUUUACCACAUCAUUGCGUCGUUCGACCAGAUAGUAUCACCACGAAACUUCGCGUCGUCUUCGAUGCUUCAUGCGCUACGGACACAGGAGUGUCUUUAAAUGACUCACUGUUGGUGGGUCCACUCGUGCAAGAUGACCUAUUCGCAAUUGUAUUAAGAUUUCGUCUGCCUCAAUUUGCUAUCAUCUCUGACAUUGAGAAGAUGUACCGUCAAAUUCUCGUUUGUGAUGCUGAUCAACCACUGCAGCGAAUUUUAUGGAGAGACUCCCCUAUGCAACCUAUUCGCAGCUACCAGCUCACAACCGUUACUUACGGCACCUCGUCAGCACCUUAUCUUGCUACAAAGACCCUUCAAAAACUGGCAGAAAUUAGCUCGGAAGGUUUUCCCGCUGCAGCAAAUGCCAUUAGACGUGACUUCUACAUGGACGACAUGCUCACUGGUGUCGAUAGCGUAGAAGAAGGUCAUGAACUCUACAAACAGUUAACACAAGUAAUGCAAUCUGCAGGUUUUCAACUCCGUAAAUGGGCCUCAAAUGAUCCCGAAAUUCUCGAGGUCAUUCCGCCUUCACUUAGAGACGAACGAACAGUCUUCGAUUUCCACUUACCAGUAGCACCCAUAAAAACACUAGGACUGCAGUGGGAUACAACGACAGAUAUGUUUCUGUUUGAAGCCCCGAAACACAGCAACCAGCUACCAAUUACUAAACGAGUGGUUUUAUCGGAUAUCGCACGUCUUUUCGACCCGUUGGGACUAGUUGGUCCUGUGGUCGUUCAAGCCAAACUGUUUAUGCAAGAACUUUGGCGAGAAGGUAGUAACUGGGAUGACUCGCUCAGUGACUCCCGUCAGCGCAAAUGGUUGGAAUUUCGCAAUGAUCUUCACGCUCUUUCGUUAAUGAAAAUUCCUCGAUGGGUUGUAUCGACAUCACUUGCUGUUUCCUUGGAAUUGCAUGGCUUUUGCGACGCAUCGGAAAAGGCUUAUGGUGCCAGUAUUUAUUUCGGACAGUCUCCGCAUGUGGAAGCAUUCAUACAAAAUUGUUGA